AUGGAUGAUGAUAUAGUAGACCCAAUAGAAGAUGUUUCUGAUAACAUCGAUUAUGUGGCAUAUUUUCAUUGCAAAUUGAUUUUCAUGAAUACCAUUAGUUCCUCAUUUCUUCCAACGAUUUUUGCUUUUAAAAGAGAAAUGAAAACGGAGGAUUUUUCAUCAUGCUGUGCAGGCACAACAUUUGCUAAUGAAAUGGCUAUAACCUCUUCAUUCUCUUCAUUAGAACAUGCAAUUAUGGUUGCCAGAGACAUAUGGUCUCGUAAGUUGAAUGUUAGGUCUUGGUUGGAGGCUAUAUCAGGACGAUCUUGUUCUAAUGAAUACUUGGAAACAGUGAACGAAGCUACUGUGCAGGAACUUCAUGAAUGGAGAUCAAGGUAUGAGGAGAAAUUUGGCUAUGUUUUUGUGACAUUUGUAGCUGGUAGGACAUCUGAAGACAUACUUGCUGAAUUAAAGAUGCGCUUCAAUAACUCGCAUGGUGUUGAGUUGGAGAUUGCUUCAAAAGAGGAAUUGAAGUAUAUAGAACAUGCUAUUAGAGAGCUUCUUUUCAAGAAAUCUGUCCAAACUACCGACGAAGGGGAUGUGUCAACUGAAUAUUCAGGCGAAAUAGUUACUGACACUCUAGAUGGAGCAGACACUAUUCAGAAGAUGAUUUAG